AACAAAAAACAAGUUUUACAAAACCUUCCAUUGCAAUAACUUUUAAACUUAGCACCCCUUUCACAUUUACAUCACCCUCAGCUGUUCUAGAACAAAACACGAAGGCGAAGCUAGUCAAACACAUACCUAUUUCUGAGUUAAUAUUCCUGCUUUCUUUAAUACACAAAGAUGUUGGCUGCAAGACUCUCUGCAAUGGGCACUACUUGUGCAAGGGGGUUCAUGCGAUCCUCCCUCAUCAGCACACCUAAAUCUCCCUUCAUGCCAAUUGUCCGUGGCUAUAGAGAGGGCGGCAGAGGCUUCACGCGACGGUCCAGGGUCCAGAUGCAGUCCGCACAGGUCACAGAGUCAGCUGUUAAGGGCAAAAUUGGACCCAUGGAAGUUGGACAGAUAGCUGUAGCUGGCGGUGCUGUGCUCGGAAUGGGAGCUUUGUGUUACUAUGGGCUCGGAAUGUCUAACGAACCGGGGGCCAUCGACCGUGUUGUAGUAUGGCCUCAGUUUGUACGUGACAGAAUCCGGGACACGUACAUGUAUUUGGGAGCAUCGUGUGCUGCGACAGCUGCCUCGGCUAUUGCAGUAUUUAAAUCACCAAUGGGCCACCGCUUCUUUGCAUUGUGUUCGAAGCAUCCCAUUGCUUCAACAAUUGGCAUCAUAGUAGCUCUUAUGGGCACAGGCCAGGCGAUGAUGGCCAUUCCCUAUUCACCAGGCAUUGGAUCCAAGCAGAUGAUGUGGCUGCUCAACUGUGGAAUACUUGGCCUGGCUAUUGCACCCGUUGGCGCUCUGGGUGGGGCUCUGGCCAUCAGGGCAGCUUGGUACACAGCCGGUAUUGUAGGAGGUUUGAGUACUGUGGCUGUCUGUGCCCCCAGUGACAAGUUCCUCAACUGGGCAGGACCACUGGGUAUUGGCCUGGGUGGCGUCUUCGUAGCUUCCCUGGGCUCAGCGUUCUUACCCCCAACUUCGACUCUCGGUCUUUCUCUCUAUUCCAUCUCCCUUUAUGGUGGUCUUUUACUCUUCUCGGCCUUCCUCUUGUAUGAUACACAGAAGGUCAUCAGAAAAGCUGAGACCCACCCCAACAUGUGGGGAGUCAUGCCCUAUGACCCCAUCAACAUGUCCCACCACAUUGUGCUGGAUGUGGUCAACAUCUUUGUGCGAAUGGUCCAAAUUCUGGCCAUGGGAGGAGGAAGAAGGAAGUAAUUGCCAAGCAUGAUUCCAAACCUUCUUCUUAGCUGACUUGUGGAUUAAGGCUUACAUUAAAAUUGUAGUAUUUUUAAGUGUUAUGUUUUAUUAUCAUGGUAAUGAUGAUGAUUAUUAAGUUCUAUGAAGGUCAUGGUGACACUGCUGUUGAAGUUUAUAGCUAUUUUAUUUAAACAGAAAAUUUUGUUAGCAUUUUUUUUUCACAAUAAGUAGCAUAUGUUUAAAGAAGCUGAUUAAAUUAAUUUUAUUUGAACAUUUAUAUUAUUUUCUGGUUAUAUCAUCAUGAUGUAUUAAAGCUUUAGUGAAUCUUUACUGCUUGUAGAUUUUUGUUGAUAUUGCAGUGUUGGUGUAUGUAAAGCAUUUUUUUUUUUUCUCUCAUCCAGGUAAUUAUUUGUU